GCAUUGACAAUUGUGUUACAUAUUAAACGUUACGGAUCUUGAGAUGGGUUUAAAAUUCAAUAUAAACCCACUACUUCGGAUCAGUACAACUAGUCAUAAGACUAAAGUGCUACCAGCAACAUCAAAUCAAAUAAAAAAAUUAACGGUGAAGAAUAAAAAAAUUUUACAAGCUUUGGGUUAUCAAUUAAAGCAGAAUGCCUGAAAGUGAUAUUUUGGAUAUAACUUCACAGUACGAAACGGAUUCUAAAAUUACAAAAAUUGAAUAUCAUUCAUACGCACCGUAUACAACAUCAUUUAAUAAUAAUGAUGAAAUACGUAUAUCGAUCCAGCAAACGGAUGUCUAUCCAUAUCUACACGAAAGCUUUAUUUUUUUGGAAGGAAUAAUUACUGAUGCUACCAAAGUGAAACUAACUAAUAACGGUUACUCUUACCUUUUUGAGCAAAUACGGUUGGAAAUCAAUGGGAUAGAAGUAGAUAGCACGCGUGUUCUUGGAAUCACUAGCUCGUUGAAAGGUUACUUAUCCGGUACGCCAGACAACUACAAUUGCUAUGAAAAUGCUGGCUGGAAUUUUAAAAACGCAACGCAAUCGGAAAAUGACAAAAGUGAAUUUACCGCUUGUAUUCCAUUAAAACAUUGGUUAGGUUUGUUUGAAGACUAUAAAAGAAUAUUG